AUGCGUAUUCAAUCCGCUCUCGUCGCGCUCGCCGCGCCGUUUGUCGCCGCCGUUCCACAGCUAGAGGUCAAAGGCAACGAGUUCUACAACAGUAAGACUGGCGACAGGUUUCAGAUCGUAGGUGUCGCUUAUCAGCCUGGUGGCAGUGCCGGCUUCAAGUUGGACAGUCCCGACCCUCUCAGCAACCCCGAUGCCUGCCUGCGAGAUGCUGCCCUCAUGCAGGUCAUGGGCGUCAAUGCUAUCCGUGUCUACAACUUAAACCCGAACAAGAAUCACGACCUGUGUGCUAGUAUCUUCAAUGCUGCUGGCAUGUACAUGAUUCUCGACGUCAACUCUCCUCUUGUUGGUCAGGCCCUGGACUCUGGUAAGCCCUGGGAAACUUACUAUUCCGCCUAUCUCAAUCACACAUUUGCAGUGGUCGAAGCCUUCGCCAACUAUCCCAACACCCUGCUUUUCUUCUCUGGCAAUGAAGUGAUCAACAACAUUGAGUCAGCCAAGUACGUUCCACAGUAUCUUCGUGCCGUCACACGCGACUUGAAGAACUACAUCAAGAAGAACCUCAAGCGCCAAAUUCCGGUUGGUUACUCUGCUGCUGAUGUUCGCGAUGUCCUUUGGGAUACCUGGAACUACAUGCAAUGCAGCACCGAUGGCAAGUCAGACGACAUGACGCGUGCCGACGUUUUCGCUCUGAACUCCUACAGCUGGUGCAGCAUCAAGGCUACCUAUGAAAGCUCUACAUUCGACAAGCUGACCGAAGGCUUCGCCAAGUCUUCCGUCCCGGUGUUUUUCAGCGAGUAUGGUUGUAUUGAGCCCCCUACCCGUCACUGGAAUGAGACUCGCGCCAUGUACAGCGACAAAAUGGCACCCACGUUCUCUGGCGGUGUUGUCUACGAGUGGACAUUGGAGUCAAACAAUUACGGUCUUGUCUCGAUCAAUGGAACCACUCUCAACAUCUUGGGCGACUACAACCGUCUCAAGGCGGCAUGGGCUACAAUUGACUGGAAAUCCGUUCAGACGCAGAAGGCUGCCAAGAAGGAUAUUACUCCUCCCACGUGCGCCAAAUCGCUUCUUACCAAGAAUGGCUUUGAUUCCAACUUCACCGCUCCGGUCCCACCUCCGGGCGCUCAGCAGUACAUCGACAACGGCAUCAGCCCGAAGCCCAGUGGUAAGAUCGUCAAGAUCUCCGACUUCAACGUCAAGAUGACUGUCAAGGAUUCCGAGGGCAAGGAAAUCACGGGCUUGAAGGUCGUUCCCGUACCUGAUGACCAGUUCAACAUGGCUGGCAGCAACAAGGCUGAAACUGGCAGCAUUGAUGCGACCAGUAACAAUACCGGCAGCUCUACCGGUGACAAGAAAGACAGCAGUGCUGUUCUCCAUACCCCGAUGAUGUUGGCUGCUGUGGUGCCGCUGAUUGCAAUGUUGUUUGUGUGA